UAUUAUUUUGACACUGUGCUGAGGGCUGAUUAAAAAAAAAACAAGGUGCGGGGAGCCCUGGCCUAUAAAUCUAUAAACAGAAAAAGCCUGGCUGUGCAGGAUGACGUCACAACACCCCCUGUACCCAAGACAAAGAUUUACGAAGACCUCUCACUCUGAUGCUUUCAUGUUUCAGUCUUCUUGUGGUCGAUAUUUAUUUUAUCGCGGUAUUUUUUAAAUUCGAAUCUGACUCUUUUAAAAUCUUGAAAUUUUUCGGCAAAAUAAUUUACACAAAUUUACUUAUUUUGUUGUAGUGAUUAGAGAAUAGUGAUACCUCUGUCGCUUGUUAACGAUCUCGGGCUCCACACGCCCAGCCUCAGCAUCAGCGCAUCUUUAACCCAGUUGGGCUCGACAAGAAGGACCAGAACCGAAGCGGGACUCAAGCUUCCUCUUUGCGGCAAACCCCCUUGCUCUCGGCGGUUCGUUAUGUCUUUGGGCCCGCUCCCCGCCUCGCCAUGCCCGAUGUUGAGCGCCGCCUGACCCCCCCGCUGCUGCUGCCGCUCUUUGUGCCGUCUUUGCUUCUGGUUUCCUGCCUGCAUGCGCCAGUGGGAGCCGCGGAGGAGGGCGGCGGCCUUCCCCCCUCGACGCCCGGGGACAAUGGCCUCACCGCCGCUACCACGCCGACCUCCCCGGGGAUGUUCCUCCAGACCACCGCCUUAACCGAAGAGCCCCGGUUUGCCCUAAAGAUCCUGGUGAGAGACCUGGUGACACGCCAGCUGUUGCCAGGAGCCUCAGUCAGGGUUUAUGUCAACCACACCCUAAGCACCUCCACCCGGAUUGGGGAGGAAGGCGAGGCUGUGCUGUGGCUGCCUUACAGCCCGGGACUCAGUCUGACUCUGGUGGGCACUAUGGAAGGGUACGUUCCCAGCCCACUGCCUUGGAGCACCGCAAGUCGACCCGUCUUCUCUAUUGUGACGUUGCUGCUGCUCCCUCAGAGGCAAGGCAACAUCUGGUUGUUUGAAGACUCCGUGCUGAUCACCGCCAAGUUGCCCGAUAGCGCCUCCCAACCAAAGAUAAAGUUCCCCAAGAACCUCCUCCCACAACCUGACAAGAGCAAAGUCCCGUCAGUGACGGCUUACUUGACGGUGCCACAGUUAGCGGCCGACUGUGCAAACUGCACGCCAGGCGUUAUUGUCAACAGAUCAGUUUUGAAAAGCGUCGAGCUCAAACCCGUGGUGGCGAUCAGCGUUCUUCUCUAUGAGGGCGGGGAAGAGCUCCAAGUUCGGGGGCCCAUCCAGGUCAGCGUGCCUCUGGGGGGCGGCACACGCCUGCGGGCGUCGGACACUGUGCCAGCCUGGGCUUUCAACCUGCAGACAGGUGCCUGGGAGAAUCAGGGUCUGGGAGUAGUGAAGACCGUUGGUGAGGAGCUGGUUUGGACGUAUACUGCUUCCCACCUGGGUUACUGGAUUGCCGCCCCCCUGCCGUCAAAUGAUCACCCCGGCUAUGGAAUCCCCUUGGAUUUCAUGUCAUACCACGCUCUCCUGCUGGUGGGAAUCCUGUCAGGAACGCUGCUUGUUGUGAUUGGAUUUCUAUCACUGCUGCUGUGUCACUGCGGCGGUUCCCACCGAGAGCCCAGGAGGAGGCGAGCCCGUUUUUCCAAGCUCACGGUGGUGAAAAAGGACCAAACCACCUCCAUGCACAUGGAGGAGGGUCUGCUGUUCCACUCGGGCGAGAACAUGCUGGCGUCCUGUAGCGUGCAGUGUGAGCCUUCGUCCACCCCCAGGCACAAAGCCAACUACAACAUCUACGUGGAGGAUCCAGCCGGUCGCUCGUCAGCCGCUCUUUAUGAGAAGGUCUCAACAGACCGCGUCAAAGUCCCAACUCAUCCUCACUACAUCAACAACGAGGAGGCGUCUCGACUUCGGGACAGAGCGGACCAGGACCGCUGCAACAUUAACUCCGACGCCUUCUUCCCAGACAAGCUGCGUCACAUCUACAACCAGCCGGGGGCCGUCGCCCUGGCAACGGAUGUCUUCGGCGGUCAGGAGUCCGGCUGCAAGUCUGCCACGUUCCCUCGCAACGGAAACGAGUUUGAUUCUCACUCAGAGGCUCCGAGUAAGGACGGCUACGCUCAAACGCUGGUGAAAGUCCAAAACGGGCAACAGCAGAGCGACCAGGAUGAGCCCAAGCCUCUGGAGACUCCUCCGCCGAGCCAAGGGCCUCCUGGUGCAGGCUGGGGUCGCUAUAGCAACCUCCUGGAGUCCUCCGUGUCAGUGCCAGGAACCCUCAAUGAGGCAGCCGGGAUGGAAGGCUUCGGCAGUGGCGUUCCAAGAGAGCUCCAGUUGAUCUCCGAGCACACUUUGCUGGAGUUGAGCCGGGGCAAACCCUCGUCGUCCCACCCCAGGGCCUGGUUCGUCUCCUUGGACGGAAAACCGGCCGCCCAGGUGCGCCACUCCAUCAUUGAGCUGCAGAGCCGCCACCGCCCGCCCAGCAGCAACGACACCAGCCUGGACUCGGGGGUGGACAUGAACGAGCCUCUGCAUGGCGUCCGCGAGGCGGAGCGGGAAAGGCCCUCGCUCAGGGCCUUCUCGCUCCCGCACCACGGCCGGAGGUACGGCGAAGAGCAGGACCUGAGCAGCAGCGAGAGCGGCACCACCGCCGCCUGCACGCCAGAAGACCCCGGCCUCAGGAACAUUCUGGACGGGAGCAGCGGGGCCAUUUCCAAAAUUCCCGAGGAGCACGACGGGAUGGACACGUCCAGCACUCAGGAAGACAGCGAGGCCAGAGGGACGCCACCCCCCCGCCGCGUGAGGAAAGGAAGGGAGAAGGUGAAGUCGGGAAAAAGGAGUACAAAGCCAAUACGAGAGGGACGGCCCCUGACCAAGCGUCGCUAGAACAGCCCGCCGGCUCGUCCUCUUCGUGUGAUCGGACAAAAAGACGGAUAACAUCGGGUUCCCCGCAAACACGUUCCGAAGAUCACCAGCAAGAUUCCUCUCAAGAGGGUGCCUUCUUUCUGCCUCGCACCAUGAAGUGUUCAAGAACUGGUGAGUCUGCAGGACGGACACAACACGGGACGGCGUUUGUAGUGCACUUAUCCUCGCCUGUCGUGAGCCGUCACCCUGGUCUUGGCAUCAUUUAUGUUUAGUGAGUUUCCUACGGGGCAGCGCGGUGGGAGAGGGGUUAGGGCGUCUGCCUCACCAGUUCUUUCUGUGUGGAGUUUGCAUGUUCUCCCCGUAACUGCGUGGGUUCCCUCCGGGUACUCCGGCUUCCUCCAAAGACAUGCACCUGGGGAUUGGUUGAUUGGCAAACACUAAAUUGGCCCUAGUGUGUCUAUCUGUGUUGGCCCUGUAAUGAGGUGGCGACUUGUCCAGGGGUGUACCCCGCCUUCCGCCCGAAUGCAGCUGAGAUAUGUUAUAUUGUUGUCCGAUUUCCACUCGGACAACAAUAUCGGCGGCGUGCCUUGAAGGUACUGCUUUUAGCGUCCUCCUCAACCUGUUGUCAUGUCCGCUUUUCCGCCAUACAAUCAGCGUGCCGGCCCAGUCACGUAAUAUAUGCGGAUUCUACACACACACACACACACAAGUGAAUGCAAGGCAUACUUGGUCAACAGCCAUACAGGUCACACUGAGGGUGGCCUUAUAAACAACUUUAACACUGUUACAAUUAUGCACCACACUGUGAAGCCACACCAAACAAGAAUGACAAACACAUUUCGGGAGAACAUCCGCACUGUAACACAACAGAACAAAUACCCAGAACACUAAAUAUACACCCCCGCUACCAACAAACCUCGAUUUUGCAUGUCAGUAUAAAGUUAUAUUGUUGUCCGAUUUCCACUCGGACAACAAUAUUGGCGGCGUGCCUUAAAGGUACUGCUUUUAGCGUCCUCCUCAACCUGUUGUCAUGUCCGCUUUCCCGCCAUACAAUCAGCGUGCCGGCCCAGUCACGUAAUAUAUGCGGAUUCUACACACACACACACACACACAAGUGAAUGCAAGGCAUACUUGGUCAACAUCCAUACAGGUCACACUGAGGGUGGCCUUAUAAACAACUUUAACACUGUUACAAUUAUGCACCACACUGUGAAGCCACACUAAACAAGAAUGACAAACACAUUUCGGGAGAACAUCCGCACUGUAACACAACAGAACAAAUACCCAGAACCCCUUGCAGCACUAACUCUUCCGGGACACUAAAUAUACACCCCCGCUACCAACAAACCUCGAUUUUACAUGUCACUAUAAAGUUAUAUUGUUGUCCGAUUUCCACUCGGACAACAAUAUCGGCGGCAUGCCUUAUAAGUACUGCUUUUAGCGUCCUCCUCAACCUGUUGUCAUGUCCGCUUUUCCGCCAUACAAUCAUUGUGUCACAUAAUAUAUGCAGAUUCUACACACACACACACAAGUGAAUGCAAACAUACUUGGUCAACAGCCAUACAGGUCACACUGAGGGUGGCCUUAUAAACAACUUUAACACUGUUACAAUUAUGCACCACACUGUGAACCCACACCAAACAAGAAUGACAAACACAUUUCGGGGGAACAUCCGCACCGUAACACAACAGAACAAAUACCCAGAACCCUAAAUAUACACCCCCGCUACCAACAAACCUCGAUUUUGCAUGUCAGUAUAAAGUUAUAUAAGCCUUGCUUGUUCAAUAUUCAAUGCAGAACUUGUUUGGGUCCCUAUUAAAAGGUUAAGUUGUUCAACUUUGGCCCGCGGCUUUGUUCAGUUUAGAAGUUCGGCCCACUCUGUAUUUGAGUUUGACACCCUUGGGUUAGUUAAAGUGUCCGCCCUGAGAUCGGUAGGUUGUGAGUUCAAACCCCGGCCGAGUCAUACCAAAGACUAUAAAAAUGGGAGCCAUUACCUCCAUGCUUGGCACUCAGCAUCAAGGGUUGGAAUUGGGGGUUCAAUCACCAAAGCGUUAAAUCCCGAGCGUGGCCAGCGCUGCUGCUCACUGCUCCCCUCACCUCCCAGGGGGGGGGGGGGUGAACAAGGGGGAUGUGUCAAAUGCAGAGGACAAAUUUCAACACACCUAGUGUGUGAAGUGAAGUGAAGUGAAUCAUAUUUAUAUAGCGCUUUUCUCUAGUGACUCAAAGCGCUUUACAUGGUGAAUCCCAAUAUCUAAGUUACAUUUAAUCCAGUGUGGGUGGCACUGGGAGCAGGUGGGUAAAGUGUCUUGCCCAAGGACACAACGGCAGUGACUAGGAUGGUGGAAGUGGGAAUCGAACCUGGAACCCUCAAGUUGCUGGCACGGCCACUCUACCAACCGAGCUAUGUGUGUGACAAACAUUGGUACUUUAACUUUAAACCGACUAAAUCAUGCCAUGACCCGGGUAAAGGAUCAUGACCUGGCCAGGUAUGUACUGCUCCAUGUUGUCCUCCAAAAAGAGACUUCUUGGUUUGUGAGUUUAAAUAGUAUAACUCAUAGAAACUGUUACUUUAAUGUGCAUGAAUGUGGUUUUUUUUGUGUGUGUAGUUGUUGCCGCAUCACCAAAACCACAUUGGUAUGUUGUUUUUUUUUCCCUUUGUCCAACUUACAUUUUGUGCCUUGAAGAUUUGCUCAGAGCAUUUCUAGACUUAUUCCGCGUGUGAACAAAAUGGCGCAGAACACCCCCGUUUCGUUGUUAACGUCCAUCCGGGAUUCGCGUGGUGGCACAAUUCCCGUUCCAGCAAUAUUUACGGCGAAGUAGAUGUUUGAAGAGCUUGACCAAAUGUAGUCUUCCUUUGUGCAUUACAGCAACAUUUGUGUGUUUGUGUGUAAAUCAGGGGUCUCAGACACCUGGCCCGCAAGAUGUUAUUUUGUGGCCCCCCACCUUAAUAUGAACGUUUUAUAUGAAUAUCGCUUAACAGCGUUGUGUUAUUUGUGUCAGCCUUGCCACUGACAGUUAGUUUGUGUCAUGGACCAUGUCAUAUUCUGGUUUUGUUUCUGUUUUGGUAUCACAGCCUGUUUUGUAAUUGACAUCUUUAGUUCCUGGUUGCACUUCCUGGUUUGUUUCGGUUGCCUAGUUACGCAUUUACGAAAUCUGCGUUCAAAGGACUCCGGCUUGUUAGUGAUUCCCAAAGCCCAAAAAAAGUCUGCGGGCUAUAGAGCGUUUUCCGUUCGGGCUCCAGUACUCUGGAAUGCCCUCCCGGUAACAGUUCGAGAUGCCACCUCAGUAGAAGCAUUUAAGUCUCACCUUAAAACUCAUUUGUAUACUCUAGCCUUUAAAUAGACUCCCUUUUUAGACCAGUUGAUCUGCCGUUUCUUUUCUUUUUCUUCUAUGUCCCACUCUCCCUUGUGGAGGGGGUCCGGUCCGAUCCGGUGGCCAUGUACUGCUCGCCUGUGUAUCGGCUGGGGACAUCUCUGCGCUGCUGAUCAGCCUCCGCUUGGGAUGGUUUCCUGCUGGCUCCGCUGUGAACGGGACUCUCGCUGCUGUGUCGGAUCCGCUUUGGACUGGACUCUCGCGACUGUGUUGGAUCCAUUGUGGAUUGAACUUUCACAGUAUCAUGUUAGACCCGCUCGACAUCCAUUGCUUUCCUCCUCUCCAAGGUUCUCAUAGUCAUCAUUGUCACCGACGUCCCACUGGGUGUGAGUUUUCCUUGCCCUUAUGUGGGCCUACCGAGGAUGUCGUGGUGGUUUGUGCAGCCCUUUGAGACACUAGUGAUUUAGGGCUAUAUAAGUAAACAUUGAUUGAUUGAUUGAUUGAUUUAGUGUCACCUGUUUCUGGUUUUUGAUCACGCGCACCUGCCCCUGAUGAUUUCCGUCCCUAUAUGUGCCUGUCUUUGUUUGCCUUUCGUUCUCGGACUAUAGUUUGCCUCACGCAACAGAUGACGUCUCAUUCCCGCAUUGUGGUAAAGUACUUUUGUUAUUCGUUUAGCUUCCAGGCUAUUUUGUUUAUUUCCUUGUCCUUAGUUUAGAUACUAGCAAUUUCUGUUCUUUCUAGCUCCUAUGCUGAGUUCUGUUGGUUCGUCUAUAGUGCAAGUGUUUUUGUUAUUAGUUUGUUUUUGUAGUCAGAAAUAAAUCAUCAUUCCUACCUUUUUACGCUGUGUUCCAUCUCCGCUGCACCACGAGAAUGCAAACACACGCCACAAUGCCACCUGGACGUCAGUUUGAGUUUUAGUUUUUCCUCUCUGUGUCCUGUCUUUAGUUCCUGUCACGUGCUCUUAUUUUGUCUGUUUCCUGUUUCUUUUUUUCCCUGUGUGCUGUUUUCCCCUCAGCUGCGACUGAUUGGGACCUGGCCACACCUGGUGUCAAUCAGCCCGCUUCUAUUUGAGUCUGUUUUUGUCUUCCAGUCAGUUGCUGGAUUAUUGUCAUGUCGAUGUCGCUCUUGUCGUUGCUACCUGUCGUCUCAUAUCUUGUCUAUGCAGCGUUGCGGUAAGCUAUGUUUGUUGGCGGUUUUUAGCUUACUGCCUUUUGUUCCCUGCUUUUUAUAUUACAUGUACGACUUCUGUUUCCUGCUCGAUUCUUGCUAGCUUCCUCGCUAAGGUCCUUUUUGUUUUCUAGCCCCCAUGCUAGCUUCCUUAGUCUGUUAUCCGCCUCGUGCUCGCUUUGUGUUACUACCCUUUUGUUUGUUCUUGUUCUAUUAUUUAAAUUGAAUCAUGUUUUCCUGCAAAAUGCCUCCCUCCUUCUGCGUCUUGGGGUUCGUCAACAACUAGGGAUGCACCGAAAUGAAAAUUUGUGGCCGAAGCCGAAUAAAACUUAAACGCUUGUCCGAACACCGAAUACCGAAUAAUGAAUGCAGUUUUUCACAAUUGUUUUAAUAUUGCAUUAGUAGCCUAGAAUAAAUAUUUAGACAUGUUUUUCAAAUAAAGUAUUUUUUUAUUGAAUAUUGACAUUUUUUUAAUAUUCCAGUAGCCUUUGCUUUUCAAAAAAAGCACAGUUUUUCAUUUAUAUUAGGCCUUCAAACAAAACAUGCAUUCCAAAAAAAAAAUAAAGUGCAUUAAAGUGGAUAAACCCACAACAAAUGCAUUAUUGUCCUUUUGGCAAAAGUCUGCUUAGCCACAGUAGAUAUGCUAAUAAUGUAAACAGAAGGCUUAAGUAAAUCUCAAUUAAGUGUGUGCUUGUAACCUCAUACACUUAUACAGGUACACAACAUAUCCCAACGUCACCGCGUCAAAAAAUUGCGUCACACGCCACUAUUCGGCCUUGUUCUUAACUCAUUCCACUGAAGGCCGAAUGUGGCUAUUUUUGCCAUAUUCGGCCGAAUAUAUUCGGUUACCGAUUAAUCGGUGCAUCCCUAUCAACAACUAACUCUGACAGAAUAAUCCAGCCACAUUCGAACCCCGCAGAGUUGUCUAUGGCAGAGAGGCUUAAUUUAUCGUAAAAAGUACAACACAAGCAAACUGUCAUUGGCAAGCCUGACAAUUUGGGUCCAAAACGGCUCUUUCAACGUUCUGGGUUGCCCACCUCUGCAUUGGUGGAAAAGCGGCAAAUGAGUGAAAGCGACAGAAACGUUCCUAUGGAGACGAGGGUUUUCUUACACCGCGACACCUGUCAGUCAGUAAUAACAGUCCCGUAUAACCUGGACCAAUUCAAACCGUUAUGUUUUAUUUAUUGUUUAAUUUGAAUUACCUCACACGAUGAACACUACAUAUAUUUCUAUAUGACCCCGAAUUACACUCCGGGAGUCGUCACUUUUUUUGCUCUUGCUAUCCUGGUACUUUCCCGGCGACCGCCGUGUUGCUGUAGGUAGGGAAAGCGGAACGACACACAUUGCGGAAAAAAACGUUAUUCUCAAAUAUAUUCCACAACCCCAAACAUGUCUUUUUCGAAGCCUGCAUCGAAGAUGAAAGGUUAGUGAUGAGUAAAGACAAUUCCAGGAAAAGUGGGAGAUGCAAUAUCUGUUUGUUGAGCACCCCGACGUGUCUUAUUUGCACAGAGAAAAAUGCGGUGCAUAAGUGAUACAAUUUGAAACGUCAUUAUACAAUUAGACACUGCAAAAAAAUUUUUACGAAAUCUUUACCUGUGGCCCAGGUAAAUUGAGUUUGAGACCCCUGGUGUAAAUAGUACCAACCGCUUCCGUUCUGUGACUGUGAUAUUGUUUGUUCUGUGCUCAAAACUUAAAGAAUGAAUGGUUCCAAAAAUAUGUUUUAAUAAGCAUGACAUUUAUUGGUUUUUUUUUCAUAGUGAAGAAAGUGAACAAAAGGUUGUUUUUAAAUGUAGCAACAAGUUGAGCGCUGAGUCAGCCGAUUUAGGAAUGAACACUUGAAUGCAGCAGAAGCUGCAACGUACACUAGUCCUUGCUCCUGUUCAACUUGCUGAAUGUAUUUGUGGAUUUAACUUUCUUCCGUUGUUUGCCGGUGAUUCCUGUAUUUCUUUGUGUGUUUUAAAUUAUUAAACAUGUUUCAAACGCUUCAA